AUGGACCGCGGCGGCCCCGCAGGCAGCCCUCUGAUCUCCAGCAGCGAGCUCGCGCCCCCGGUAGCUGCAGCCCGAGACUUGAGCCCCGGACGGACCGGGCCGGGACCCUCGGGCCCAGGCGGCGGCGCGCGCUCGGGAGGCGGGCGGCCGGCGGCCGCGAACGCGGCACGGGAGCGCAGCCGCGUGCAGACUCUGCGGCACGCCUUCCUGGAGCUGCAGCGCACGCUGCCGUCGGUGCCGCCGGACACAAAGCUGUCCAAGCUGGACGUGUUGCUGCUGGCCACCACCUAUAUUGCGCACCUCACCCGCAGCCUGCAGGACGACACGGCGCCGGCGGACCCAGGACUGGGCGCCCUUCGCGGCGAUGGUUACCUACACCCGGUCAAGAAAUGGCCCAUGCGAUCAAGAUUGUACAUUGGUGCUACUGGUCAGUUUCUGAAGCAUCCUGUCUCUGGAGAAAAAACAAAUCAUGACAAUAUUCCAACAGACUCUCAGCCUUAG